CACCUGACAGAAAACACCACCGGAGACCACACUGACGGGACAGCGUUGUCUUCAAACCGAGAUAAGAAGCACUAUUUUGAGGUGAGGGAGGUUGUUCAGCGGGCCCUCACGUUGUCUCGGCAGCCUGCGCACACCUGUGCCCCCGGAGGGAAGCUUCAUCCUCGGCCACUGGCUCAAGGAAGCCCGCCUCCUGCUCUCCACCAUGGAAGAGACGGAUGUUGAACAGGUGACCCUGGCUCUGCUGGAUGCGGCCACAGAUAAAGACCCCGAGGUCCAGGAACAAGUCAGAAAGUCCAUGUUGACACUGGGAAAACAGCAGCCAGACCGAGUGUUAGCCAUGUGUCAAGAUUACCUCCUGAAACACCCAAAGUUGGUAGUGAGCCAUAGAGUUGUGAUUCUUCAAACUAUUGAGCUGAUCGUUGGCUGCAGGAUAGACGAAAUCAGUUCCCCCAGGAUAAAAAGUAUCAUCUCCCUUGCUUCAGAUGAGAUGACGCGAUCAAAAGAGGUCAUCCCUGAUUGGCAGCAAGCAGCCAGUAAUAUUUUGGUUGCCGUAGGUAACAAGUACAUCAAUGACAUCAUGGAGGAAAUACUAUGCAAAUUUCAGCCGGGGCUUCUACCUCACUACUUUGUAGUCCAGACCCUGGCAAACCUUUCUGAUUCCAAUGUUUAUGGCAUGGUACCCUUCCUGAAUGCUAUUCUGGGAACAAUGUUGCCAAUGUUGAGCAUGGCCAAACACGACAACAUGAAGUGGGUCUUCUCUUCUGCUCUGUGUCAUUUUAGCAACAGUAUCUUGGAGUACCUUGCCAACCUGGACAAGGCUCCAGAUCCCACUGUGAGAAAGGACACGUUUUCCAGUGAAAUCUUUGCUGCUUUUGACAUCCUCUUCGGUAAUUGGUUACAAAGCAGGGAGUCUAAGCUGAGGCUAACAGUAGCCGAGGCAGUGGGCUCUAUGUGCCAUCUGAUGGCCAGUGAAAAGCUGGAGGAACAGAUUCCUAAACUCAUUCCUGCCAUCUUGUCCCUGUACAAGAAAAACAACGAGCACUAUGUCAUCAGCAAGAGUCUGUGCCUCGUGCUCGAUGCUUCCGUCAGCAUGGGCAGCAGGGUGCUGGAGACCCAGCUGGACGGGCUACUCUUGGUACUGCAUCUACAGGUGUGUGCCCCUGUUGAAUACAGUAACCCUCCGACAGUCAAGAACCACAACGAGGUCCUGCGCUGCUUCAGCUUACUAGCGAACUUCUUUCCUGACCGACUGGUCAUGUUUGUUCUUCAGAAGUUAGACAACAGUAAUGAGCGAAACCGGAUGGGCUCCCUGGUGGUCCUGCGUCACCUCAUCAACUCUACCACGUCCACAAUGGAGAAUAAGAAACUGCUGAUUCUGGCCAGCAUCAGACAGCCAAUGGCUGACCAGAGCAACAAGGUCAAGAAGUGCGUGGUUCAGGUCAUCAGUGCGAUGGCUCAUCACGGCUACCUGGAGCUAGAGGGGGGGGAGCUGCUGGUUCGAUUCAUCGUUCAACACUGUGCCUUACCGGACACGUAUAGGCGAAGCCACAGGCCCACAGAUCCAGAGGAGGUGACUAACGAGGCACUGAGGUCGAUGUGUGACAACACUCUUCACCUCCUGACCACCACUGUUGGACGACUAGCAGAUGUGUUAUGGCCAAAGCUGCUGUACUAUCUGACCCCUUCACAGUACAGCAAUGCCACUACUCCGCUGUGUAAGAGUCUGAUAGUGCUGGGCAACAAGAAGAAAACGAACCAGGAGAUCAGCUUCAACAUCGACUUUACACAGGAAGUCAAUCUGCCCUCCCCUCAAAUACUAUUGGUCAGACUGCUGGUGAACGCUGCGUUUCCGUUCAGUAGCAGAGGUCAUGGAGCUCCGUCUCUCUCUCUCCUUCAAAUCCUCAGCGUCAACAUCCACCCCAAGACGGAGACACUGUGGGAGAAAGACAUACCUCCUCUGCUUUCCACCUUAGAGGAGUCAACCACAGAGAGCCUGGAUGAAAAGCAGUGGGAGGAGAAGUUGCUGAUGCUCUUGUCUAAAACUCUAGCUACUAUUGAUGAUGACAAGUGGGUGUGUCAGUUGGCAGCUGAAGCAACAAGAUACCUUUCCACGUACAACAACGCCUUAGAGGAGAAGAGUUUCCUAUAUCGAUGUUUAGGAGUGACUCUACAACAGUGUUUCAACAAGGAGUUGGUCAAAAAACAGCUGCAGGAAAUCCUCCUGGCAGCGCGACACUACGAUGCGGUCGAAAGAGAGGGAGUUGCGAUGGCCGUUGGUCUGUGUGCCAACAGCCACCUCGAGGGAACUCUGGCCAAGCUGGAAGAGUUUGGCAAGUCGGACGCCUUCAAGAAGUCACCAAGCAUAUUCAACAUUCUCAAGGAACGCAAUGACGUCGAGGUGGAGAAGGUGAAAAGCACGCUGAUCCUGUGUUACGGUCAAGUGGCUUUGAACGCACCUCGAGAGAAGAUACUAACCCGCAUUGACCAAGACAUCCUCCGCUGCAUCAGUAAACACUUCAACACAAAGGUUCUGGGGAUUAAAGUAGAGACAAAGGACCUGACCAUGAAGCUCAGUUUGAUCCAGAGUGUUGGGCUCAUAGCAAAAGCCAUCAGCGAGUGCGUGAAGAAACAAGGCUACGUCUUCUCUCGCAAACAGGAGCUCAUCACUGUCAUGCUGGAUUUUAUCAAAGCGGAGCCAGCGGAUUUGUUGAGGACUCCAGUACGCCAUCUAGUGAUGACCACCUUUGCCAACCUUAUGCCUCUGGACCCUGCGCUGAGUGAGAAUGAGAGCUCUGAUUUGCUGAAGGUUUGUGUGAACGGUGUGUUCUCUCUGCCGCCUGAGACGCGCACACCAGAGAAAACAAAAGAAGAGGAGACACUGGACCCCAAGCAGAGAAAGGCAUUGUACAAAGACACGUUGGCUGCACUGCAGGAGCUUCUCAAAAGUGUUCUGGUCAAGGAUCCCACACCUGAUGGCCUGCAGAGUGUCUUCAAGCACAUUGAAUCCUGGUUGAGCUCUGGACACGACCACGAGAGAGAGAGAGCUGUCACAGUCACUGCUCACAUGCUGGCUUUCUACCUGGAUUCACUGACUGUCAAGAACAUGGUUUCUUUCCACAACCUUGGUGCUCUGCUGGGUCGACUGUCUCCACGAUGUUCUGACCCCUGCCCUGCUGUACGCACUGCUGCUAUGGACUGCAUACACUCUCUGCUUUACAUACAGCUACGCUAUGAAGGUUUCUCCCUAGAUUAUAAGGAUGACGGUGUGGACAGUCUGUUGCUCCUAAAAGACCGACUAGAUAACCCUGACCCAUCGGUUCUAUACAAGACUUGCUCUGACCUGACCAAGGUGAUGAGUAAGCGUCUUCCUCAGGAGCAGCUGACGGCGUUGGUGUUCAUGUUGUUUGAAGGGCUGGUCGACAGUCAGCCAAACUGCUGCAGGGCCUCAUCUGUCAUCCUAAAUACUCUGCUGAAGAACAGAGGAGGAGGACUCCAGGAGCUGGUUCCCGAGAUGCUGGAGGUGCUACAUGUACGUCUGCAGAACAUCACAGAGGAGCAGGUGAGAGUGGCGGUGGGACAGACGGUACUAAUCCUGGCUUCUCAGCAUCUCCAGGCUGUUAUCAAUGCACUAGUUAACAAACCACUCCCUUAUGACAGCUGGACAGGUGAGAUGUGGAUGGCCCUGGGAGCAGACCCCCUUGUAGCCAGUCAGAUCUUGGGGAUGGUGAUUGAGAAGCUACUCAUCAUGGCGCCCUACGUCGACCAGAGGGAGUCGAUGAUGAGAGGAGGGACAAAGAAGGUGGCAACCAGUCAGCCGCUGGCUAUGACUUGUGGUCUCAAAGAGCUGUUAUUAAACGGCCAAAGUCAGGAGCCGGCAGUCGGCAUGUUUCCGCAGCUCUUUUCCUGUCUCACUGUCCGACUGGGAGCGAGUGUCGGGGUCUCUGCACCGAAAGACAACAACACUAAACAAACCGCCUGCAUCCAUGUAGCAGGGGUAGCAGCCGAUGCUCUGCGGAUCCUGCUGGCGAGGGCCCAGUUAGACGAGGUGAUGAAAAGGCUGGAUGAAGAUAAAGCCUGGGACGCAAUAAAGGAGCCAAAUACACACAUUACUGGAGUUACUCUACUGGCAAGGGCAAUGGCAAAGCAUGCUGGUCCCAGGUUGCCCUCCAUUGUGGAGUGUCUGUGUCCCUCCUUGAACAACAUCUACGAAUGCCAGAGGGUCACCGUCACCGCAUUCUUCUCUGAGCUCUUAAACCAUCACGUGGUGACGGAGCUGAUGCUGAUAGAUGUGUUGAUGAACAACAUGAUGGAGAGGAUAUCGGACCCCUGUUGCACUGUCCGCAUGCUGGCUGUCAGGGGGCUGGGCAACAUAGCAGUGGGAUCACCUGAGAAGGUAAACAAAUAUGCUAAAGAGCUGCUGGCAGCCAUGAGUUCAGGCAUGGAGGAGAGAGACGAUCCAGGUAAGCUGAUUACCUUAGAAGCAAUGUCGGGUCUUUCCAAAGUUCUUGUCUAUCUGGAUAAGAAGAACGUCCAAAUGUUAGUGGUCUAUAUCUUCAUGAAGAUCAAACCAUUCCUGGAAAGUGAGAACGAUGAGAUCCGCUGUGCUUCCAUCCAUCUUAUGGGAAACCUGUCCAAGUUUGGCUCAGGAGAGCAAGUGUUCAAAGACCAGAUCCACAAUGUCCUUGUCAGCCUGCUGUUACACCUGGUGGACCCAAACCCACAGGUGGUCAAGGCGUGUAAGUUUUCAAUGCGGGUGUGUGCUCCCGUCGUGGGAUCAGAGCAGAUCACAGCCAUGUUUCAGAACCACCUCCACGAUGAGAAAAGUCUGCACUAUGGAGAGUUUAUCAAUGACCUCACCAAGUACCUGAUUCAGGACUUUCCGGGCAUGCUGAACUUUUAUCACAUAUCAGUCAUCCAGUUCUUCAAGAGCACCUGGGCGGAGGUCAGGGCAGGAGCUGCCAUGUUUAUAGGGUUUCUUCUUGGGAAUCUUCAAGAGGAGCAUUUCUCCCACCUCAACAUGGGCACCAUCACUAAAGGUUUAGUGAUGCUGCUCCAAGAUCCAGAUCCUGUGGUGAGAGUGAAGGCUGCUGAGGCCAUGGGACGUUUCCACUGACACACAAAGACCUUUAUUCACACACACACACACACACACACAUUCAUAUCCUAGCGUUUCCUUUAGUUGCCACUACAGCAGAGAAAAAUAAAAGGAAUAUUUAGGAUCAGGCCCACGGUUGACAAAAAAACAUUUAGAGCCCACCAUUAAAUGUUUAAUCACUAACAGUAUUCACAUAUUGCAACUGAAACCUUCGUUAAAACUAAAAAACAGGGACCAAAGCAGCAACAAAUAAGGAGGCAGAAGCCAAACUGUCAGAUUUUAUGUUUCAAAAUCAUACAAAUAAAGACUGGUACAAAUUCAUAUGCACACAUACACAUAUAUUUAGCUUUGUUAAACUUCUUUUGACACUUAACUGUGCUACUUGAAUGGAAGUGUUAAUUCUUAGCCAUGCUUUGGUGACCAAAGACUGUGUUGCUCCAUAGAGACCCACGUGGUGUUUUAGUUUGUCACAAUGCCAGAGAUGUGUACGCUGUCAGUGAAAUACACCAUGCACAUAGAGGUUUCUAAUGCAGCAGCUACGACCACAUUUCAACUAAUGUAAAAUGUCCAUUAGAAUAAAUCCACUUUCUUCAAAUAUGUGAAAAGAUGAGCGCAAUGAACAUUUAAAGUUCAUGACAACAAACCCACACGUCGUCAUACCAGCAUUUCAUGAUAGAUUUGUGCAUGUUAGUCUUAAACUGUCAGCCAUCGUUCUAAUGAAGAGGCCUUGGUUUGGGUGUAAUGACAAAAAAAAAAAAAAACAUUGUUAAAAUCUCAUUGCAGUUUUCAGUAGUCCAGAUCAUGGAGCUUAUUCAUUCAUUCAGCAAUAAACCGACGGUAACCACUUUCCCUUUUGUCCUCCUUGGGCCAAUCUGUGACAGAAGGGACUCGUGCUUGUGAAAGGGUGAUGUGUGGUUGCGGUUGUGCACGCAGCCCUUUGCUGGGGACCUGUGCUGCAGGAGAGAAUGCAGCAUUCUGAGGUACUUUCAGAAUGUUGAUUUCGCCUCCACAUAGAUUAAAAGAUCCAAAUGUUGAUUCCACGGCGCCUUGUGUCCUUGUUAAAAUAACAACCGAGGCUCGACGGCGCUGCUUUUGUAACCGGGCAGUAUCUAAUCUGUCAAUAGUUCAGACCGUUAAGCAAUCUACACUAGUGUUGUGAACCUUCGACCUCCAAGCCGAGGAGAUGCUGCAACUAAGUGGCCACUGUGGACACUACCAGCUGAAACAAUGAAUCCAUUGGUCCACCGCAUCUGCACGCAGAUUUUGAUUUCACAUGAGUGGUCAGCAGGAACGUUUUAUUACCGCCAGAACGUUUGCAGGCAUCGCACGUCGCCCGUCAUGACAAACGGACCAGCCAGGUGACGGACGGAAGUCACUGUAAAGCAGGCGGCCUUUUCUACUCCUCCAUUCGUAGUCGAGCCAUUAGACACACACCGGCCCAACCGAGGAGCCUGAACCGCCAUCGAACCACUACUCCGACCGAGCAGACGAGUGUAGCCAUACUGAGAAUAAUUAUUGCCAAAUGUUGGUUGAGAACAUUGUGUUGUAGUAGCGCCAUAGAGAUGCUGUAAUUGAUCCUCUCUCCCUUUGAACGCAUUCGAUGUGGUUCCCAUGUCGUUAUUGCAUUAAAUGUUUGAAUGUGUACAGAUGUAAGUGCAGAGCUCUUACUGUCGUGUGAAUGUGUAUUAUGUCUGUGCACGCAACUUUGACUUGACAUGAGUUCAUUCAUAUUCCACAAAGUAGGAAUGCAAAAAAUGUCAUUGUUCAUAUUCAUUUAAAUUAUAUUGGUGAAAGCAAUACAUUGUUUGUUUAUGUUGCUCUUUUAAGCCGUCAUUUACUCCCUGAUUUAAGAACAAAAAGACAAACAAGGAACCAAACAUUUUUCUUUUUUUUUGACCAAA